AUGAGAAAUUACAGAACUCCUGGAGGACUUGAAGAUCGAGAGGGCGAAGAAGACACAUUCGAAAAUCCAUACGAAACGAAUCUGAACUUCAUUUACAACUUGAGCAGCAUUGACUUCGACCCACUAAUUUCAAAGCUUAAUCGUGAUUAUGGACACACUUGCUUGCUGGAUGACUUCAAAAAUACGUUGUUGUGGUGGACAUUUCCUAAUGGAACACUUAAAAAUAAGCACUUAAUGCUUAAAUCAAAAAUUGCCUUUAUGGAUCUGUCGCAUCAACAUACAUUCAAGGAUGAGGAAUUACUUAGGAAGCUUCGAAUACAUGGGGGAGACGACUUUGUCGUAUUUUCCGCAGCUCAUAAUAAUUUGUCCUAUGUGCCAUAUGACACCUUGUCUAGUAUGAGUUUGAGUCUGAAAUGCCUAACACUAUGCGGCAACAACUUCAAUCUUAACGCUGUGGAUCUCCAAAAUGAAGGUGACCUUCACACAACGACAUGGGCAACAUUUCCAUUCAUGGCGAACCUAAAUGAGUUAGAUGUAAGCAAUUGCAACAUACAACAUAUAACACGAUAUUCUUUUCGAAAUUUAACAAGCUUGAGAAGGCUAUACAUGUCGGGCAACAAAAUUUUGGAGUUGCAAUCCGAUACAUUCCAUCACAUACCGUCGUUGGAAUAUCUGGAUUUGUCUUUCAUGAAUAUGUUUGAAUAUACGUCCAUUCCAACAGUGACUCUGGAUACAGUAUUUAGACAAUUGUACGGUCUCAAGAUACAACAGACGCUAUUUAAAGACCUACCCAAUCUCAAGUACUUGGAUUUUUCCCACACAAAGUUGUCUAGAAACAGUGCAAUGGCUUUUACCCAUCUUGGCAACAAUUUGAAGUAUUUAAGUUUAUGUUACACUGGAUUUCCUAUGAUCGGCAAUGCUAUUUUAAGGAAUACAGCACUCGUGGCACUAGACUUCUCGGGAAAUGUAUUUGCUGCAUAUAACAUACUAGACGAUUCUUUCGAAGGUGUGGCAGGAACUUUGAGUGUUCUCUUUUUUGAAUUGUCAAACUUGAAAAAUAUAUCGUGGAUCCGAAGCCUCAAUAACUUGCGCAUACUCGGAUUGGCCGGCAAUAACAUAAACUCGAUAUCUUUUGAAAUGUUCAAUAACUUAACAAGUCUGGAAGUUCUAGACCUCAGCACAAACCACAUCGGCAAUUGGUAUAGCCGAGUGUUCACCAACAACGAAAAACUUCGUAUUCUCAAUCUCAGAGACAAUAAUAUCAACAUAAUUACUUCCGAAAUGCUGAAAGAUUUCAGUUUAUUAAAUUUAUUGAGUCUGGGAGACAAUAACUUUGUUUGCGACUGUCUGUUAAGGGAUUUGGUUGACGUUAGCAAUGCUAAUAGCAGAAACAUGGAUUGCGCCCAUGAAAUAAUCGAAGAAGCUCUGGAAUAUACCUGGGACAAUAUCACGGAAAACACGACAGCGGCCAACAUUGUAGCUUCGCAUACCCUGAAGAGGCUGAAUAGCAAGAGCAGCAAACGAAUAGGAAAUAAAGAACUCCAUAGCGUUUUAAAGAAGAUUAGAUAUUUAUACAAUCGGACUGAAAAAUAUCAAAGAACAUGUUCCCCUCAAUCGCCGCAAGCUGGUUCAGUUGUGAUGAGUAAGCUUAACGAUUCGUCAAUGUUGAAGUUCCAACUUUUAGAUUACAAGGAUGAAAACUACUGGUGUUUUAAUGAAACUGAAAAAUUGAGUUUUUUUGAGCUGAACUGUCACCAGCGGUCUCUUGUCGAUGAUAUAGUACGGCAACUAGAUAACCUCACCUAUUAUGUUGUUGUAAUCAUAGGAACUUUAUUGGCAGUUUCUCUCGUCGGUGUAAUAAUUUACGUAAAACGGUGGCACAUAUACUAUUACUACUCUUCCAUUAAAUCCGCUGCUUUGGUGUCGGAGACUGUCAAGGAUAGCAAUGAGAACCUUCAGUCGUCCCAUGAAAAUGGUGGCGCAAACAUGAUCUAUGACAUUUUUAUAAGUUAUUGUCAAAGCGAUCGCGAAUGGGUACUCAAUGAACUUAUGCCUAAUGUUGAGGAAAAUGACGAUAUAAAAAUUUGCUUACAUGAAAGGGAUUUUCAGAUCGGAGUCACAAUUCUCGACAAUAUAAUAUCAUGCAUGGAUAGAUCCCGAUCGUUGAUGCUUAUAAUAUCAUCUUCAUUUCUUCUAAGCCACUGGUGUCAGUUCGAAAUGCACUUGGCCCAGCGAAGGAUGUUUGAUGUAUGUCGGGACUGUUUGAUUCUUGUCUUUCUGGAAGAAAUACCACGACAUAAAAGACCAAAAAAUUUGCAGUACCUUAUGGACUUGAAGACAUAUAUAAAAUGGCCAGGUGGCAAAAAUAGUAACAAGUCGCGGCAAGAAGAAUACAAAAUAUUCUGGAAGCGUUUGAAACGUUCAAUGCAGAGAAUUGCUGCCGACACUGUCCAAUAA